CUGCCUCUUGUGAAGAUCUAAGGCUUAGCUUCCCUGAUGCAGUUGGAAGACUGUAAAAGGUAAUAUAGGCACAGCUAAUUGAUUGUUGUAUCAUGUCUUAUUAAUAUUUCUAGAUUUUUGGCCGCACUCACUCCACUUUUGUCCUCUGCCACAUUUACUAAAAUGACCAUUGAUUUCUCUUGUUACUCAUUAAAUUCCAACAGAUAGAUGAUGGAAUUUGGCUUCUCUUUGAUCAAUUAAAUUAACCAGUGCGCUGGUACUUGUACAGUUUUCUUCAGCAACGCCUGUCUUCUUUUCUUUCUUAUAAGUGGCAGUUUUGUUUAGCAAGAAGAGACUUUUGUUGGUUCACAUUUUUAUAUAAUAGUCAUUAUCUACAGUAGAAGCAUUAAUCCACAAGGAUGGAUCCGAAUCAACAGUCUUCUUAUGCAGUAAAUGUAUAGUCGUACACAAAGCAAAAGGGAGAAAAGCAAAAGCAAAGAAGGAAGCAGGGGGUGGAGCAUAAGAAAAGCAAAAGAAGAUGUCUUUCUCAAACACAGAUCCCAAUGGAAUGCAGGAACGAUGCCCGGCAUUCCUUGCUGGAACUCAUUCUUUUUGUUUACAGGGACUCCCUUUGUUCUCCUUGGAUAUUUCAAUUCCAUAGCAACAAAGAUGAAGUCUUUGAGUAAUGAUGACAAUAGCACCAACACUAACAGCAACAGCCACUGGCUUGGUUUUUCACUUUCCCCUCACAUAAACAGCUUAGAGGGUCCUUCUCCUGAUCAACAUCACACUCAACCUUGCUCUAGUGAUGUUCCAAGUUCAGUCCCCAUUAGAUUUUCUCCAAUCCCUCUCACCUAUCCAGGCAUGUUCUAUAAUACUGAAGGUGACAAUGCAGCCUUUCUCUCUUCAUAUUCUGUGAUGCCUCUCAAGUCUGAUGGUUCAUUAUGUAUUAUGAAAGCAUUCAACAGGUCACAACAACCACAAGGUAUGGCAAGUUCAACACCAAAACUGGAGGACUUCUUUGGUGAUGCAUCAAUAGGGACCCAUCACUAUGAAGAUUGUAACAGAGGAGGUAUGGCUCACAGCUUAGACAACAACAUUUACUACAACCAACACCAAGAAAAUGAAACCUCCAACAGCCAAGAUUUCUUAAACCAUUUUCAAGACAACUCUAGACAGCAACAACAACAACAUUACCCUGAUUUCUCAGCAUUUCUAGGGCAUGAACUAUAUCACCCUACUGAGCAGGGGAAAACAGAGUGCAAUCCUCACGUUCCGACAAUGCCAGUUGAUGAAAUGUCUGGAAUGAAUAACUGGGUGUCAAGAAACUAUCAGAAUCCAAAUGCGCAUGCAUUGGAGCAGAAUAUGAUAGGAUGCAUGGCUGAUAAUGGUGGUGAAUCUGGAUCAAGUGGUGCAAUGACAUAUGGAGAUUUUAAGUCACUUAGCUUAUCAAUGAGCCCUGGCUCUCAAUCCAGUUGUGUCACUGGAACACAACAAAUCUCGCCAACUGUCGCGGAUUGUAUUGCUAUGGAAACAAAGAAAAGAGGGCCUGCGAAGGUGGAAAAUCAAAAGCAAAUUGUUCAUAGGAAAUCCAUUGAUACAUUUGGCCAAAGAACCUCACAGUAUCGAGGCGUCACUAGGCAUAGAUGGACUGGUAGAUACGAAGCUCAUCUAUGGGACAACAGUUGUAAGAAAGAAGGGCAGAGCAGGAAAGGAAGGCAAGUCUAUCUAGGUGGGUAUGACAUGGAAGAAAAAGCUGCAAGAUCAUAUGAUUUGGCAGCACUGAAGUAUUGGGGACCCUCCACACAUAUAAAUUUCCCGUUGGAAAAUUAUCAACAAGAGCUUGAAGAAAUGAAAAACAUGACACGACAAGAAUAUGUAGCUAACUUAAGAAGAAAAAGUAGUGGUUUUUCAAGAGGAGCUUCAAUGUAUCGAGGGGUGACAAGACACCAUCAGCACGGAAGAUGGCAAGCUCGUAUAGGCCGAGUGGCUGGGAACAAGGACCUUUAUCUGGGGACAUUUAGUACCCAAGAAGAAGCUGCAGAGGCCUAUGACAUUGCUGCAAUUAAAUUUCGAGGUGUAAAUGCUGUGACAAACUUUGACAUAUCAAGGUAUGACGUGGAGCGUAUAAUGGAAAGUAACACCCUUCUAGCUGGGGAAUUGGCUAGGAGGAAAAAAGACACAGAAACAAGCAAAGUAAUCUCCAAUCAAAUCGUUGCAAAUCAAAACCACAUCCAGAAUAAAAAGGAAAGUGGAAAUGUAGUAGAUUGGACAAUGACACUUCAUCAGUCUUCCGCAGUUGGAGUUGAUACAAAUACAAUGAGACCUACACUACAAGAGGGGGAUGAAUCUGCACGAAUCAAUACUCACUUGUCAAAUGCUUCUUCUCUAGUAACUAGCCUGGGCAGCUCUCGAGAAGGCAGCCCUGCAAAAAACAAUAGCCAUUCCAUGCAUUUUGCGAUGCCUCAGUCAGCACCAAAGCUAAUCACUAGUCCAGCAACUAAUAUUACCUCUUGGAUCUCAUCAGCCCAAUUGAGGCCUAACGUCCCAGUUUUUGCCGCAUGGACAGAUGCUUAGUUGUUCACAUUAUCCAAAUUUCUGGAAGUAGGAGGAAACGAAUCUAAUUUAAUGUAUCUUUUUUUUUGUUUCUAAAUGCAAAUUGAUGAUAGUCUUGGUGGGAGUAGAAAGUAGUUCCAAAAAAGCACAAUUUGCCAACUUCUAGCUCUGAAUGGAUGAAUCAAUGGAGAGAUACUUUAGUGAAAUUAAUGAUGAGUUGAAAUUGUGUGCAAUGGUUGACUACUUAAAAAGGUUCAAUUGAUAAUUAGAGUU